UGUAUGAUCUUUUCUGACCUGUCUGAUAGAAAUAAUAAGAAGCAACAUAUUAAUUUAUCUCCGACAUUUCCGAUGAAGCAAAAUCAGGUUUCAUUUGGUCAUACAAAAACAAGCAUGCCGUUGGCGGAGUGAUACAAUUUUCAUACCCUGGGAGGGGGACUCGCCCUCCCACCCUUCGGUACACCAUAAUAUUCUGGCAGACCAUAAUAGUUGUCCUGGUCCCUCGAAUUUUGGAGCGAAACUUCCCACGUGUCCUUCAGACAUGAAACAAACACGGACUCUGGUAGCAAGAUUCCACGGUUGUUUUUGACACGUGAUUUAAGUCAGUAUACUUCACCGGAGUUACUCCUUACUUCUGUGACAAUGGAAAUGCAACAAGCUGUAGAAAAGGACAAUGUAACUAUUGAAGAAGGAGAUGGUGAGAAGGGUGUUCAAAUUGUGCUAUCUGCAGAAGGACAGAAAAUGCACCAGUUUACAAUCAGGACCCUCAGUAGCCUUGUGGAUGGAGCAUCAGGGACCCAAGAACAAACAGGAUUUGAAUGUUUAGAUCCCCAGUUCACGCAGAGUUCACUACCAGCUGCCAGCAGCUCAGUACCAGAGCUUGGAGCUACGUCUGUUGCCACCACCCUUUCUGCUCAAGGAGAGGAAAAAGUUGUCCUGUGUAGAGAGGCAGUGUUAGCCAAUGACAGUGUAGUUGAUGAUGCUGUGGAACAGCCAACCAAAGUGGAUGACACUGUUUAUGCGACAGUUGGGGUCAGGGAACAGUCCUCCCCUGUACAAGUUGUGGACAUGAACACUGGACUUGUAGUGGUGAACCUACCCAACCCUCUGGUGGUUCUGAACCCUGGGCUGCAAAAGUCAUCUGACAAUCUAACAGACAGUCAGCAUACAAAUAUGGCAGCCUUACUCAGGAUUCAAGCCAUGGCACAGGCUGGCCAGAUGUCCAACACACAGUAUAUGGCUCCCUUGCCCAAACCAGCAGCUAAACCUGUGCAUGCAUGUAGCCAUGAGUUCUGUGGGAAGAAGUUCACCUCCUCCAGUCACCUGAAGUACCAUGAGAUGUCCCAUACAGGAGAGAGGCUCCUCAAGUGUCAGGCAGUGGGAUGUGACAGAACCUUCACCUGGCCUGCACAUCUCAAGUACCACAUGAAGACUCACACUGGUGAGCGCCAGUACAGGUGUCCAGCUGAGGGCUGUGACAGCACCUUCUACACACCACAGAGACUCAGGGUUCAUGUGAGAACACACACGGGGGAGAGACCCUUCAGGUGUACAGAGGAGGGGUGUGGCAAGGCCUUUACAACAGCACAGAACCUGCGUAAUCACACACGCACCCAUACAGGUGAGCGGCCCUUUGCGUGUCAGCAUGAGGGCUGUAACAAACGGUUCACAGAGUACUCCAGCCUCAAGAAGCACCAGAACACUCACACAGGAGAGCGUCAAUAUGCCUGUGAGGUGUGUGGGAAGCAGUUCACCCAGAGCGGCAGCCGUAAUACUCAUAGAAGAAAACACCAGCUGUUUGCCAUCCAGGCAGGAGAGAUGGAGUCCAGUGAGCUGUUAGGCCAGCGCACAGUUUCUGAGGACAUGGGACUUAGCCUGGGCCUCAGGCAGACUGAGGACAUCUUGGGGAUGCAGGGGCUAGAUGAUUCUGAGUCUGCAGAGGACAGUGCUGUGUUCAGCCACCCCAGCAGUGACAACAUCGUGACAGUCACCACACAGCUGCCUGACAAGAGUCAGGAGGCUGAUCAGCUGUGUCUCUCUCACAACCUCAUGACAGCAGAGCCACAAGGAUUGCCCCAGAGUUCUACACUGUCUCAGUCUUCCACAGCAAAUGUAGUGGUGGUUGCCCAACCAGAGGCUAUAGCUUCCAUGGCAACAGGGGCAUCUAGUUACCAUGGCAACCAUUCGGUUUCGUCUGAGGCCCUGGCUUAUGGUACAGGGCUUCUCCAGUCUGAACUGUCAGCCAUGACGCAGAACAUGGAGGUGACUGAGGACUCCCACUCUGACAAGAGCACUCCCACUGUGGAACAGAUGUUAGACAAGGGGAACAGGCAGGACAGGGGGGGUCAGUCUGGUCAGGCAGAGAUGGUCAGCAAGACUGAUGCUGAAGGUCCAGAUUCAUGAGGACUAAUUUCAAUCAUGUAAAUUUGAAGGCUAUGUUGUGUGAAGUACAUGUAACUGAUAACAUGUGCGCAUGUCUUUUCAGACAAUUCCCAUGGAGUUUGUAAGAUAGAAUGCAUCAUAGAGGGUCUGCAUGCCCUUUUUCGUUAACCGUUAUGGGCUAUUUCAAUUUACCGUUAAUCGUUGCCGGCCCGCUCUAA